AUGGCAGGUGCAAUACAUCCACAAGAUAUGACAAGUCAAUCAGCACCACCACCAUAUUCAGUUUAUGAUGAAUCAAAAGAUGGAGUACCAUACCAACAACAAGGUUCACCCCCAACUCAUGCAUCAAAUUUCGGUAUACCUCCACAACCAAUUCCGGUAUAUACUCAAACAACAUUUCUUCAACCCAUGAUGACUAUGCCACUUGUAAGUCGUUCACCUAUGCAUACGCAAUGUCCAAGAUGUCAUCAACAAAUUAUUACUAAUGUUCAGUAUGAAACUGGUGGUGGUACCUGGCUCAUUGCAUUUCUUAUCUGUCUUUUCGGUGGUGUUUUUGGUUGUUGCUUAAUUCCACUUUGUAUUACUGAUUGUCAAGAUGCUAUACAUAGUUGUCCUGCAUGUCAUAAUCAUAUUGCUCGACGUAAUGUUUUCUAA